AUGGAACAGACCAAGGGCGCGGGGCCGGGGGAGGGGUGUGCGGGGGCGGGCGAGGGCCCCUCGGCUCCCCCAAACCGCGGGGGCCAGCCGCUCCCACCCCCGCCACCACCUUCCUUCCUAGCACUGGGUGUGCUGCUGGCAAAGGUGGUGGUGCCCGGUGAGGUGCCUGCAGCAGCCCCCCACCCCCACCCCCACCCCCAGACUUGUGAGGGAGCUGGCUUAAAAGGCCACUACAACCUGAAGCCCGCUGGUCAGGAUCUAGCCAAGUUGACGGCAGCAAGAGUUGCUCUGCUUCCUUUACGGGGAGACUGCCGGCAGUUAGAGACGGGCCGUCCUCCUCUGUGGCGUCUCAAUGGACCAAUCCCUGUAAACCACUGUUCUCUGGUUUUCCCUUGGAAAUUCCGGGUCGAUAUGCCUGGCUCCGGCAGUGCCUUCAUCCCCACCAUCAACGCCAUCACGACCAGCCAGGACCUGCAGUGGAUGGUGCAGCCCACAGUGAUCACCUCCAUGUCCAACCCGUACCCCCGCUCGCACCCCUACAGCCCCCUGCCGGGCCUGGCCUCUGUCCCUGGGCACAUGGCCCUCCCGAGACCCGGCGUGAUCAAGACCAUCGGCACCACUGUGGGUCGCAGGAGGAGAGAUGAGCAGCUGUCCCCUGAAGAGGAGGAGAAGCGUCGAAUCCGGAGGGAAAGGAACAAGCUCGCCGCUGCCAAGUGCCGGAACCGCCGUAGGGAGCUGACGGAGAAGCUGCAGGCGGAGACGGAGGAGCUGGAGGAGGAGAAGUCAGGCCUGCAGAAAGAGAUCGCCGAGCUGCAGAAGGAGAAGGAGAAGCUGGAGUUCAUGCUGGUGGCCCACGGGCCCGUGUGCAAGAUCAGCCCAGAGGAGCGCCGGUCGCCCCCGGCCUCUGGGCUGCAGCCCCUGCGCGGCGGGGGCGCCGUGGUGGUGAAGCAGGAGCCGCUGGAAGAGGACAGCCCCUCGUCCUCCUCGGCGGGGCUGGACAAGGGCCAGCGCUCCGUCAUCAAGCCCAUCAGCAUUGCCGGGGGCUUCUACGGGGAGGAGCCCCUGCACACCCCCAUCGUGGUGACCUCCACGCCUGCCAUCACUCCGGGCACCUCGAACCUCGUCUUCACCUACCCCAGCGUCCUGGAGCAGGAGUCGCCCGCCUCGCCCUCCGAGUCCUGCUCCAAGGCUCACCGCAGGAGCAGUAGCAGCGGGGACCAGUCCUCAGACUCCUUGAACUCGCCCACCCUGCUGGCCCUGUAACCAGCGGCCAGGGGUCCUCAUCGCUGCCUCCUCCCCUGGGACCAGCACCUUCCAGCGCUCCGGGGCCGCGAGGGCACGAGGGGGCCCUGCCAGCGAGCUUCCCGGCCCUGGGACCGAGGAGGCGCGGGCAUGAGGCGCUGGAGGACCGACCUGGGUGAGAUCGCUGAGAAGUCAUGAAACCUCCUCCCUCGUCCACCUUGCAAAGCGAAUCCUGUUUCUUGAAACGCCUUGGAGAACUUGGUGGGCUCGGGCAGCUCUCCGGCUUCUGAAGCGCCUGAAGCUGGUGUGGACCAUUCCUGUCCCUUGGUUACGAAACGUCUCUGGAGUGAUGGUGCCCUGCCCUGCCCCGCCGAGCAUGCCCGUGGCCUGUUGGUUUCACCUUCCCCCUAUUUGCCCCUUCUACCCCCAGUGUCAGUUUCACUUCCUCUUGGUUUUUAUCAAGUUUGCCAUGACAUUUCAUCUGGGUGGUCUGACUGUUAAAACUUUGUUUCUGGAGAUGGGGCAGCAGGUGGCUCUUCUGCUGGGGCGGACUGUCCAGAGGGGACAAUGUGCAAUACGGAACCUUCCUCCCCGACACUCCCCAUCACCGCCGUCUCCAGAGGUCCCGGCAGCGCUCCGUGGGCUCUGGAGGAGAUGCACCGGCACAGAGGCUCAGAGCACCUUCCUCCCCACCAUCGGGUUCGGCUCUCGGCUCUCGCGGAGCGGCUUGGCCAGAAGACAGGGUGUGAGGGAGACAGCCAGGGCACAGGUUGUGUUUGCCAAACGCCUAAUUAACAGGCCAGGAAUAGUGCCAACAAGCCACACGGUGUUCUCGCGGCUUCCUUCACCUGCUGUCUUGAGCAGGACGUCUCCUGUAAUUACUGCCUCGCCUCUCUGCCCCUGGACCCUUCUCUGCAGACCAGGGAGGUGUCCCUCCCUCGGAACCACACGUCACUCCUUGUCCCAGCGGCUCUGCCCUCCCCACCCUGGCUCCUAGGGUGACGCCACCCACAGAGAUUUAAUGAGCUUGGGCCUGGACCCUCCCCAGGUGGCUGCAGGUGGCCCCUCCCCAAGCUUCAAAGGCACCUUCGCUGUGGAUGGAAGGCAGGGGAGGGAGGAGGCGGCCAGCGGAGUGGGGUUUGCCUCACACCUGCCCUGGUACCUGGCUUGCCCUGUCUUGGCUGCUCAUCUCUCUGAAGUGCCCAUGGCCAUUGGAUGGGUCAAGUGCUUUCUCUUUAGACUCCCCAUCCCCCUCACCCCAGUGUGCUCUUCGGGUCCGACGGCUUGUGCACCAUUCCUGGGGGCUGCUGAGAUGCGAGAUGAGCUGAGAUGCUCUCACUGCCAGAUGCAGCUGCCCCCUUCCCACAGGGGGAGGGGAGGGAAGCUCUUCUGGCCCCUGCCUGCCGCCCUCCCAGCCUCUUUCUCCGAGCCUUCUUGGCCUCUGCUGGGCUGGCGCUCUGAGGCAGCCCCCGCUGUCCUGACCCAGCUCUAGAGAUUGUCGUAUGAUCACUUAAACUAUUUCCUGUUAUUUAAAUCAAACCCAGUGGGGGGGUCAAAGGAGAGAGCAGUGGCACUUAGAUCUCACCUGUUCCUUCACACACCUGGGCCUCUGUGCUGGUCAGUGUCAUGUCUGUUGCCUACUAGACACAGAGUGGGAUGGUGUGUGCUUAGAAUGCACAGCCCGCGGGGACUGGAAGCUGUGUGUGGAAGGAGAUGUCAAGAGAAAAGGAUGUUGUCUGAACAUACUUUACAGAUGCCGUUUCCCACAAUCCCUGGCUGCGAUGCUGCCCUCUGCUUCCAGAGGCUCAGGGAGGGGUGUGCCUAAUUAGAAGGGGCAGGAGGGCUUCCGGCUUCAGGUUAAUCAAUGAAGCAGUCGGCCAGGGGGAGCAGGAGUCGGCAAAGAAACAGGUGCCCAGCUCGGAGGAGCUGCUUCAUCUCAACAGGUGUUUGUGGCCAAGUGGGAACUCCUCUCUCUCUCUCUCUCUCUCUCUCUCUCUCUCUCUCUCUCUCUUUCUCUCUCAGCUGCUUUCUGGUGUUUCAUUUCUCAAAGCCCCUUCAUGCCCUAGUUUGCACAGCACUGACCCCAAGGCAGGCCACAGUCUGUGACACGGGCCAAGCUGGACAUUCCUGAGAUGGAAUUCGGCUUCUGUGCAGAUUUCAAGCUGCGCUGGCUUUGGGACCAGCAGCAGGCAAAGCCCCAGCCCCUCCCGGGCCCUCGCUGUGUUCUAGGAGGCGGCUGGGAGGUUUAGGGGGAAGGCAGCUGCUGCACCUGUCGGGAGCCCAUCCUCAGGUGCUUCCUCUGGCUUGUCCUCCGAGUUCAUGCACACGCACCCCUGUGCUCCAGAAUCGCCGGACGGCAGGCCCGCUGCUUCCUCCUCCGGUGCUCCAGCUAGAACAGCUGCAGCGGGGGCUUUGCCCUGGGGCCGGGAACCGCUGUGCUGCCCCUGUGUCCCCAGCAGGGAGGCAGCUGGCGGGACUCCAGCUGGGCUGCUGGCAGCCCUGGGACAGCUCAGGGCAGGCCUCUGACAAGUGAGUGUGAAACACAGCCUUGGCCACCUGGCUGGCCUCGCUGGGAGCAGUCCUCCUGGCCGGUGGAGGGGACAGCUGCUGACACAGGAAGGAGAGGAGGUCCCAGGCGAGGCUUAGGAAAUCGCUGGAGCCAGCUCUAAGCAGAGAACUCACUGGGGAGGUUUGCAGAAAGAUACCAUUGUUCUGCCUGUGUGAACGGCCAGGUGUGUCCACUGGCCAGUCAUCCAGUGUCUCAAAGCCAAGAGCCAUCCGAGGCUGCUGCUGCCCUUCCUCGGGCUCCGGGGAAAGGAGUUUCCUCUCUGCUCCCACUUGGCUCCACGUGUCAGGUGGGCUCGACUCCACGCGCAUGGGGACUUUUCUGCCCCGUCCUUGAUGGACCAGCCGCGCUCCUGGCAACCUCCCCAUUUAACUUUCAGGGUGAUUUCCUCCUGACCAGACAUCGGUGAGGUCCCUUUAAGAAGGAAAAGUAUAAGCACCUACUAUGUGCCAGGCACUGUGUUAGGCACUUUUAAAUAUAUCCUCUUUCAGAUGAGACUAAGGAAUGGGGUGCCUUCGUAAAGGCCCCCAAGAAAUGGAUAAACAAAAAGUUGGAGAUGAGAAGGUCUUUCUUCAAAAAAACCAAGGCAAGAUUGUCUUCAGUCUGAGGUUUAUUCUCGAAGACCCAUCCCCUACAAUAUGCUUCCACCUCUAAAUCUCUUCUUCUCUCUACCUUGUGAUGUGCUCCUUUGCACUCCUCGGAUGGUUGGAGGGGUCACCUGAGUCCUUAUAGAAUUUGUGGACCAAUAGGGUAUGUAUAACUUGCUUUUAAAAAAUGUAAGUAAAGGGGUCUUGCUACUUUCUGCUUGUUGAGUCUUUUUGGCAUUCAUCUUCACAACCAGCAUCUCACUAUUUAUUAACAGGUUGGGGUGUGCAUGUGUGUGUGUGUGUGUGUGUGCACAUGUGUAUGUGAGGGUGUGUGUGUGUGUGUGUGCAUUUCCAGGUGUGCCCGUGUCCUCCUGCAGCUUUUCAAAAGGAAACCCAGUCACCCCACCACUCAUUUGACAUCUCCUCAUGCUUCUAGUGCUUUGGCCAGACAUCAACAAAGGGUUUUGAAUUUUCCAGUGCUGACAUGUUCAGGAGGGGCGGGGUCAAAUUCUGAGGAGGGUGUGGGGAGGGGAGGGGGAGAAGAAAAGGACGUUUAUUUUAUUAUUUAUUUUAAAUGUUUACAUCUUCGUGCUGUACCAAGCCUGAAUAGAAACAGAUAGCAUUAAAGUACUCCGUUCCUCUCUCCCUCUCUUUCUUCCUUAUUUUUUAAAAUUAGGCUAAUGAUGCUUUUUUUGUUCCUGAAAUGAUUUGUGACUUGCGCUGUAUAAACUGUAUAAAAAGGUUCUGUUUUUUUAAAGAUGGAUUGUCACUCCUCUGGGGACAGUGGUCCCCGAGAAGUCUACAUCGUGAGAGAACACAACAAAAGGUCCUGCCCUGUCCCCUAAAGACUCUUUCCUCUGUAUGAUUAAAGGUUUAUUCCAGCUA